UACAAGCAGUCGGUUACUCUCGGAGUGCCCGGGGCCGUGUGGACUUAUCUUCCCCCGGGAGUCGAAAUCCGACACCAACCAAGUAUCCCAGAAGAUGCUCUUCUUUCUGCUACCUGUCGUGGCUCUCUUGCUGAGCAGAGAAACCUCGGUCUCCGGGAACAGUAACGAGAAAUGGCUGGGCACUGUGGCUCAGUACAACAAGGACAGACCCUGGAACAGAUUCAGAGAUGAAGUAGAGGAUGACUACUUCAAAAGCUGGGCUCCAGCCAAGUCUCUCGACCAAGAACGAGUGGCUGAACCUGGCAGAUUUGGCGAUCCAGGAGCGAAAGCUCACUCCGGCUCAGCCAAGAAGACAGCACAGGAUGGCCCAGAUGCCACCAAGGAUCCAUGUCUGAAGGUACGCUGUCCUCCCCACAAGGUGUGUGUCAGCCAUGACUACCAGACUGCCAUCUGCACCAAUCACAAGCAACCAGGCCACAGUGUGAAAGCCAGGAAAGGCAGCGUGAGCCACAAGCACAGGCCUGAAGCUGGUCCACAUGGAAAAUGCAGGCUUUGCUCGGCGCUGCAGUCGACUCCCGUGUGCGGCUCUGACGGGCACACCUAUUCCUCCAAGUGCAAAUUGGAGUUUCAGAGUUGCCUUUCUGGGAAAACGAUCUCAGUUAAAUGUGACGGACUAUGUCCUUGCCUGCCUGGCCAGGAGGAAUUCAGCAAACCAUCACCCACUUCUGAGAAGGCUGCUUGCACUGACACCGAGCUACACAGUCUGGCUGCAAGGCUGAAGGACUGGUUUGGAGUUCUUCACCUCGACGCCAACAGAGACCUCAAAUCCUCUGACAGCUCUGACUCGGCCACUGGACACUUUGACACCAGCAUCUUGCCCAUCUGUAAGGACUCACUGGGCUGGAUGUUCAACAAGUUGGACAUGAACUUUGACCUCCUGCUCGACCAAUCAGAGCUGAGUGCCAUCUACUUGGACAAGUACGAGCUGUGCAUGAAGCCUCUCUUCAACUCCUGCGACUCCUUCAAGGAUGGCAAGCUGUCCAACAACGAGUGGUGCUACUGUUUCCAGAAACCUGACGGGCUGCCUUGUCAGAAUGAGAAGAGCAGGAUCCAGAAUCAGAGUCGAAGAAAGAGCCUUAUAGGCUCAUAUAUUCCUCGUUGUACCGAGGAGGGUUACUUCAAGCCAACCCAGUGUCACGGCAGCACCGGACAGUGUUGGUGCGUCGACAAGUAUGGAAACGAGAUCGCUGGCUCCAGAAAACAAGGCAACCCCAACUGUGAUGAAGACCAGGAGACAUCGGGGGAUUUUGGCAGUGGCGGCGCAGUCAUUCUCCUCGAUGACCAGGAGGAGGACUCAUUACAGAGCGGACGGAGCCGGCAGAAGAAGAGACGGGGCCGGAUCCACCCACGGGGAACCAUUGAGGAUGACGAGGACGAGGAAGAGGACAAGGAUGAUGAAAUCGGCUACGUUUGGUAGCUCUGCUCCAUUUUACUUUUGCCAUCAGCUGACCAGGAAACUCCGUUAACUCAGCACAGAUCUGAAGCCAUUCCAGUGUCUCUUCCUCCAACUAUCUUGGCAGCAGUCCAUCUUUUGGCCCCAGAACCCACUCCUGUGCUCCCGGCCUGUCAUCCAAAUCUGUCUCCUCAGUGACAUUCAACCAGCCUCUUCACUUCAAGUGUUUCACUCUUUCCACAGACAAAAAAAAAAAAAAACUGAAAGCUUAUUACAUUUCAACAACUGUCGAGCCCCCUGUUCCGCUCUCUGCUUGUAUUCCUCCACAAACCUGCAACCCCUGCUAAAACAGACUCUUCUCAAUUAUAUUACUCCCUCUGUUCCCUGUCACUCGUUCCGCUGUGUGUCCAUAUCAGAAUCUCUGGUCAGUCUGUGAGCCCAGAUACAUUUGCUGAUGUGUUGGAUGUAAAUAUGUUUUGCUCCAGGGAGGCCAGUUUGCGGGUUGAACUCCCUGCUGACCCAUCAGCAGUGCCACCUUCAUGUUGUGUGUUCCACCGUCGGGCUCCUGCCAGUGUUCAUCAAUGUUUCCCCAAAUCGCUGCCACAGCUCCAGGCUCUGAGAUGACCCCUCUCUUUCCGUUAUUUCAUGGAGGACUGUAAAUUAUUUAAUUGUUGAUCUUGAAUGUUCCAAGAAAGCCCAGGAAGCAAUGAGAUUAAAGAUGUAUUGUCGUUGUUGUUGCAUGUUUCUCAUCGUGUUUCUGUAAAAGAGAGAAUUACUUGGCCAGGUCUAGCUCUAUGCAUCUCAAACAGAACGUGAUGCCUAUUCGGCUGCUACAAUACUUUGUUGCUAUGUUGAUGCUGUCUAGUGUCUUUUCGGUUCUUCUCCCAAUCUCAGGAGGUAGGAAGUUGCUUUUCAGAGUGAUAGCAGUGUAGAAAAGGGAACUGCAAGGCCUACGGUCCAAAUCUGUGGCGUCGCAGCUAGCUAUUAUUUUACUAACUGGUCAGUAGGGCUGCUGAGGCUUUUGGACGGUGCAUGGACACUAGAGGGAGAAGCUGCUCCUGAGCUGGGAGGACACAUCUGAAGUCAAAGCAGAGAGGAGACCCUGCUUUGCCUCCCAACAUUGGACAUCUUCAGUGAUUGAAAUUAAAAAUCUUCACCAUGUCAACUACGUGAACUUUUAUUUGUAACUUUGAAAAUUUAAGUAAAGUGGCACUUUGGGUGUCUUUUGAAACGUA